AUGCCCUCAAAAGGAGCAAAAACGAGACAACGAAAAGGUACAGUAAUCCCCUCAAAUCUCAUCAACACACUGCAAAAGAGGGAGGUCUUCGUCGCGGUCGCGUCUCCGCCCACUCGUGUGUCGCGACCCCGCCCACUUCCUGGCGAGGUGACAACUGUGUUGGCUCCCCUCCCUCCUCCUCCUCGCUCUACAACUGCUGCUGCUGACUGCUGCUGGCCCCUGAAUCAGAAAAUUCUGUCGAGUCCCGUACUCGACGACGACGACGACAACCUGGCGACCAACGUCUGUAUUCGCGGCGGAUUCGAGCGAUUCGUCUCGCCGCCCGGCACUUCGGACGACGAAUGCUCCCCGUCGGACUUCUGGACCAAAGGCCUCAUUGAGGACGAAAAGUUGGGCCCCAUUCAUGGCCUUCAAAGUCCCGAGCGAAGUUGGUAUUUUCACGUUUUUUUGACGGUUUUUUUCUGUUUAUGCCUCAAACUAUACUGUAUUCAAGUUUGAGCUUGAGAAAAAUCGUCUUGGAGUUACAAAAAAUUAUUUUCAAGCAGUAGAAAACCUGAGGGAAGUUGGUAUUUUUCGAUUUUUCUUUCUUUUUCUCAUUUCUCAGUCCUCAGCAAAUUUUUGUCACUUUGUUUGAUUUUUCGACGUUUUUUGGUGUUUUUUGCGUUAGAUUUUGAAUUUUCUGAACGAUUUUAUCCAUUAUUUUCGGUCAAAGUUGCACUAAAAAAAAUAAUCGUGACUAGAAAAAUUACCAGGAAAAUUAGUUAUUUUUAUUUCAGAAUUUUUUUCCGUAAAUUUUGUCGUUUUUCUCCAAAUUUUUCAAGCCUGUUCUUUGAUUUUUUUCGCUUUUUUUACCUUCUAGAGAGUUUUUAGAGAAGUUUGGAUUUUUCUUGAAGACAAAGAACUAUGAAAAUGUUCAAAAAAAGCUUCAGAAACACCAAAUUUUCAAAUUAAAUCAAGUAAUCCUUAAUGAUAGUUCUUUUAUGAACUUUCUGUGAUUUUCUUCAAUUUUGAACCUUUUUCGAGUCCGAAAAACCCGAUCUGACUCAUUAUAAACUUGAACUUGUUUUUUAUUUUCCCCUCAUUUUUCCCACGAUCUCCCAAUUUUUCCUACAUUUUCAAAGCUUUUAUUAUUUUUGUACUUAUUUAUUUAUUUUUCUCAUAGUUUCAUCCUUAGAUGACCUCUAGAAACGAAAAUAAUUUUUCCAAUCGAUUCUCUAUUUUUCCUUGAAAAUCCCGUGUUUUCACACCGCAUUUCUGGAUUGACCGGAUGUGGAUUAACUCACGUUUUUCCAUGAAUUUCUUCUCCAAAUCUCAAAGCAAAUCUCCUCGGGUUUCUAUCACCUUUUUUCUAUAUGAGAUUAGUUUGGGAGGAAAAUCACGAAAAAUUGUGAAAAAAAAUUGAAAAUGAGCAGAAAGUGUGUGAUUUUUAAGUAGUUACAGAAAGAUAGGUUCUUAAAAAUUUGUAUUUUUUAUUUUAAUCAAUUUGAACUUUUCUUUAAAACUUUUUUCGGUUUUUUUUAAAUGAAGAAAGCUAGAGAGUGUGGAAAAGUUGGAGACAUCCAGACAGUUUCAAUAAUUUUCAUCUCUAAUAAUCUCUACAUUUUUCACGCUAUUUUUCAGAAAAUGCAAAAUUAGAGAAAUUUUUGGCGUCUCUAAAUCUCUCAAUUUCUCGUGCUCUCUCAUUUUUGACCGGGUUCAAAAUAUUGCAUAAUUCUUAAGUAAGAUAGUAAUAAAAAUUCCCGAAUUUUUUCUCUAACUCUCUCAAUUUUCCAUGCUUUCUAGCCCCCUCGAAAAUGCGAACAUUUCCAAUUUCAGAUAUAUCCAAUGUGGAAAUAAUCUGACUUCGGCCGUUGAUAUAAAUUGAUAGAUAAUUAUAGGUUGUCGCUAAGAGAGAGGCGUCGAAAGCCAAAUAUGGAAGGGUAGUGGAAAAGAAGGGGGGCGCCAAAAGGGGCAGGAUUACGGUAGCCUCGCCCGUUUUUGGGAUUGGUGUCGUUUGUCCGACGAAUCGCAUAGAAUAUUGAAUUUUCGUGUUUGUUUCGAAAAGUUUGGGCGAGGUUUUAUGAAUUUUGAGGUCGUGAGGUGCAAAAAAAGUGACUUUUUGAUGUUAGAAGCCGAAAAAACUAUUUUUUCGCGUAAUAAAUUAUUUUUCGCGUAAUAGACAGAGAGUGUUGUAUUUUGAGAGACGCAGAGAAAAAAACACGAAUUUUCUCUUUGCUCGGAAAAAUAUAAAGUAAACUGGGGGAUUUUUUGAUUUGAAAAAAAAAAUGAACAAGUUCGAAAUAGAUAGUAAAGGUUCUAAUUUGAGAGACGCAGAGAUGAAAUAAAUAAAUUUUUUCAGAAAGUUAGAACUAUAAGAAAUUUCUUUGAAACGGUGAUCUUGUUUAAAAAAAAUUUUUUCGAAUUUUUCUACUUUUUUUUUCAAGCAUAUCUGUGACUUCUAGACGCCUUCUUUAAACUUAAAAAAAAAUAAUUUUUCAAAAUUUUGCGAGUUUUUCUCUGUCGAAAAUUGGGCAAAUUAGCGUUAAAGUAUUGGGUUUUUGUGAGUAAUUUUCGUUUUCGCCGCCCCCCAAAAACACCAUUUUUCUCCCUUUUUGUGGGAAGAUUGGUGGCGUUAAUUGGCAAGCUGCCCGACGGAAGAAGCACAUUUUUGACUGGAGUAAAUGAUGAAACGGGAAAGUUGUUUUCGACAUUUGUUGGGUCGGAAGUUGGGAGUUCAUUUUAUUCUCGGUGAAAUUACAAUUUUCAAAAAAAAAAAAACUUCUGGUCGCAUUCAGAAUGGCUUAACGCUCUGCGGUUGCGUUGCGGUUCAAGUUAAAUUUUUCAUAUUUGAGCCAUUCCAAAUGCGGCUCUGAGAAUCAGUUUUUGAAUGAUAUUUUUUUAUGAAUUUUUCCAGCUGAUUUAAACUUUUCAAGGCUUCAUUCAUAGUUUAAUCUAGACUCCGGUCUUUUCAAAAAGCUUUUUUUUCAAGUCCAAAUCCUUUAUAUAGAGUUGUUAGCGUUGAAAAAAUCUGCUAUUUUCUCAAAAUAUUCCCAAUUUCAAGCUUUUCCUCCGGAAAACCUGAACCCAAUAUAAUGCUAGCCCUUUGGGGGGAAGACGAGAAAAUGAUGACCUUGCCUUGUGUGCCGUUUUUCCGGCUCAUUGGAGUAUUUAUGAACUCGGCGGAGAGCAGGACCUGCUGCCUAGAAUCGCAGAUUUUCGCGCAAAUUUUCGCACUUUUCGAGCGUUUCCAACAUGGACAUAUGUGACCUUUUGAUGAUCUUACCUUGAAGGUUGGGAAUCGAAAAUGUAGACUUUAUUGUUUUUUUUGAGCAAAAAUAUUCAAAAUAAUAUUCAUGAAACAUAAAAAAUUUAAAAUUAAAGCCAUUGAUUUAAAAAAAUCGAGAGAAAAUGCUUUGGGCAUGAGUCCGUGUGCAAAUGCGCUCCACGGACAAAAUUUCAAUUUAGAGCUAAAAAUUCAAAAUUUCCAGUCAGAAAUGCCUCUAAAUAGCGCUACUAUCAUAAGGAGGACAUUUCAAAUCUUCAAAAUUUCAUUUUUUGCUUAGAAAUUUUAUUUUGCGUAUAAUCUGGGGGCAACUGCGCUCCACGGACAAAAUUUUAAUUUAAAGCAUAUAAUUCAGAUUUUUUUCACUCAGAAAUGCUUUUUAAAAUGCGCUACUAUCAUAAGGAGGACAUUUCAAAACCUCUUAUGCUUUCGCGCUCCACGGACAACAUUUUGAUGAGAGCUCGAUUUGAAAUUUUUUACGGUUUCUGGCGGAUCUUUCCUAGUUUGAAGCUCUAAAAAUCUUUGUUUAACUUUUGAAAAAUAAAAAAAUGAAGAUGUUGAUCUCUUUACCUAUGGAGAUGGAAAAAGAGUUAAUUAAAAAUUAUCCUAAUUGAGUAAAACUUGAACAAAAGGUUAAUCCGGAAGCUAAAUGAUCAGAGUUCGAAAAAAAAAGAUUGCGUCGGGAAUUUGACUCAAACAGGCUUAUUAAAUAAUACAUUCCUGUUUAGAUUUGCGAAAUAAAUUGACUAAUGUUUUUUUUUGCAGAACACCACCAGAUGACAAUAUGCUCCGGCUGUCAUACUGGUCAGUUUUGUUUAUUUUUAUUUUUUGCCUGGCCGAGAAGGAAAAUAUGAAUUUAUUGUGGUCAAAGAAAUGCUUUUUUGUGAAUUUUUGGUCGAAAAUUGAUGCAUUUUUGAACUGGAUUUUAAAGGAAAAAAAGUUUUUUUGGACUAGAAACCGGAAAAUUAUAAUUUUUGACCUAAGAAAAUCAACCUUCUCGUUAUAUUUCCCAUAGAAAUUAAGCUAUUUUUCAAAUUCCAAAAAAAAAAAAAAUCAAUAAUUUUUCAGAGAUCAACGACCGGUUUAUUAUGAAGGUGCAUCCGGACUUGCAAUUCCAUGCCGAUUGCUUGAAGGUUUUUUUUUUCCUUAUCAUUCAUUUUUGAAAAGGUUUCUGACUUCUCUGCGCCCUCUUUCCUCUCAUAUUUCAUAACCCCCUAAGUGAUAGAAAAGAGGGUGCAGAAAGAUCAGACGGUUGGGAAAAUCGGGUAGAGAAGUUUUUUCUGGUUUUUCUGUAUUCUCUCGUGUUUAAAUGAUAUUUCCAAGUUUGUAUGGUCUCGAGGGCGAGAGAGGAGAGAGCGCAGACAGGCCAGACAGUUUCAAUUCGUAUAAAAUUGAGAAGGAUAAAUUUUUCUACACCCUCUCUCGUUUUUGAAUGCUAUUUUCAUUUUCUAUGACCUUCUAGGCGAUAGAGGAGAGAACUUUCGUUUCUUGCAAAAUCGAAUAUUAAAAGAACUCAUUUUUAAAAGGAUGAUUUUUUCUUUUGUGUCUGCGCUCUCUUACGAUUCAAUGAUGUUUUCUUUUACCUCAUAGGCGAGAUAAGAGAGAGCGCAGACAGGUCAGACAGUCUCAAGUCGUGGCAAAUUGACUAUAACUUUUCCAUUCUUCUCAAUCAAAACCGGUCGGCAUAUGAGGAAGGAAGGAAGGUGAAUGUAGAAUACAAAUGUAUGUAGCAGCCGAAUUUUCUGCCCAGACGAAUCCGAAGAACGGCAAAGAAUUCGGCGCUCUUCUGUGUUGUUUGUGGGCCGCUUAUUUCCGCCUGAUCUCACACUCGCUUUCCCUUCUUCCUGACUCACGUCCACAGGGGGGUUAUUGGCGGGGGAGCCGUUGGGGACUGUAUGGAAUGGAUAAAUGAACUAAUUAUUCAAAGGCGACCUUUUUGCCAGUUAGAGACUUGAGACUGUAGUGAAGUAGUUUUUGGUAGAUCCUGAGAAGAAAAAUUCAGUUGAAUAAGCUUUUUAGGGAUUUUUAGGGAAUAGUUACAAAAAAGCCGCAAAAUUAAAUGCAAACGGAUGAACCUGUGCUCUAUGGAUAAAUUUUUAGAAUGCGUAAUAUUUUCUCUGAUUUCGGUAACGAAAACCGGACGCGCCCCGGAUAUUUCUGAGCAUUUCAAGUGGUCAUUUAAGAGAUCACUAUCUCGUAAAAGUUGUGACACUCCUGAAGUGAUCACUUGGAAUGCUUAAAAACGCCCGGGCGCGUUUGGUUUGCUUUGCCGAGGUUCUAGAAAAACUGGUAAUCCCAAAAUUUCAUCCUUGGAGCGCAGAUUCUUCUGUUUUUUUUUGGAAAAAACGGAAGCGUUCUGAAAGUUUCUGAGCAUUUUUAGUGAUCCAUUUAGGAGCGUCAUCACUCUUAAGUGAUCACUGGAUGUGCUCCGAGACGUCCGGUUUGCCUCACCGAGGUCUGAGCUCUCGAAAUGAAAACUAACAGCUUGUAGCUCCAAAAAAAAAAACAACUUGACCUCGUCCAGCUUGUUUUUGUUUAUAGAUCAGAGGUGAUGGUAGUUGGGGGGGAGAAGCGAGGAAGGGAACGAAAUAACGCCUGGAAAGGGUCGAAUUACCGCGCACACGCAACUGCGGUUGCUGUAGGGGGGCCUCCUCGGAAGAGAAGGAGAGGCUCAACACAAACAAGCACGGGCCUGCGUUUCCAUACACAGACCCACCACCACACACGUGUCCAACCAUCUGUCUUCUGGACCGCUGGUUCCCGAGGAUUUUUUGGCUUUUGGUGGUCUCGGAGCCUUUUGGAAGUAAUGAGAAUGGUGAUAAAUGAAAUGACAAGUCAGAACUGGGAAUAGAAAAGAAAAGAUUUUUUUUUCAAGAGUCGUGUCGAAUUUUUCACUUUUGGAGGUCUUGGAAGCUUCUGAAGGUGCAUUUAAGAGUGAUAGAUCGAUUUUUUGGGUUUUGGAGGCCUCUGAAGGCUUUUGAAGAUAUUGAGGAUAGUGAUAAGAAAGAUAGCUGGACAGAAUUUUGAGUAGAACUUAAAAUUCAUUGGAAAAAAAGCAUUUCUUCUAGUUUUAGUUCGAUUUUUUGGCUUUUAAGCUUGUGCGAAUAAGGAAAAGAAUCACUCAGAUUUUUGAGAGGACAAUAAAAAGGUAAAAAAAAAAGAAGAAUUGCAAGAUUAGCUUGAAAAAGAAGGUGAAAAAUUCUCAUCAUUUGCCUCCGGAACCGAUCCCUAGACCUCUUGCUUGAGACCGGCCGACGCUCCCCGACUUGCGCCAUAACUCAUAAACAGUCUCUCGCGUGUCCGAUUAAGCCUCGCGUGUGUCGCCGAUUUUUCGAGAAAUAGGAAAGAAAUGAGAAAUGUUGCGUUUUGCCACCUGUUUGAUUGACCUCUUGGAAAUUGAAUAAUUACGUUUUUGCUUUGGAUUUUUUUUUCGCGAUGGAGACGGCGAUCGGAUUUGGACCUGGGACCUUUCGAACCUUGGAUUAGAGUGUUAGCCACUGAGCCAGGGUUUUUGUUUUCAAUUCAACUGAACUAUAACAGAGCGGAAGAGGAAAAUCGAGCUUUUUUUGUUUUUUGAUCAGAAUACGCCUAGAGGACUCGAACCAGAGACUGUCUGUACCUCAAAAUUAUCCUUACCGACUGAGCUAAGCUUCUUUUUUCUUAGGGGUUCUAGUGCAUCCAAACGCGAAAACAUUUAUCAUAAAAUAAAAUUGUCCUUUUUCUAGAAUUUCAACGGAAAACUGAGUCCUUUUCUCUAUUCCCCUCCAGAGGAGUCGAACCAGAGACUGUCUGUACCUCAAAUUUAUUCUCACCGACUGAGCUAAGCUUCUCCAUUUGCAGUGCUUCUAGUACUCUCGAACGCGAAAAAGCAGAUCAUUAAAUAAAAUUGUCUUUUUUGGAAAAUUUCAAAAGAUAAACUAGUCUUUUUUUUCAUUUUCCCCUCCAGAGGAGCCGAACCAGAGACUGUUUGAACCUCAAAAUCAUUCUCACCGACUGAGCUAAGCUUCUUCUCUUACAGUGCUUCGAGUGCGCCCGAACGCUCGACGAACACUGCACGGCGUUCGUCCGCGACGGCAGGACCUACUGCAAGGACGACCAUUUCCGGUGAGCGACUUCUGGCUAACCAAACAAGGGAAAAAGAGUGUUUUGUGUGAAGUGGCUAAAGUAAAAAGUGGAAGAGAGCCCCUCAAUUGACUCCUCUCCUGCAUUAUGCAAUUGCCAGGUGUGGUCAAGUGGUUGGCUGCUCAAUUGAACGUCGUUGAGUAAGUAGUUGGCCUUUUUCCGGGUUUUUUCUCGGAACUGAGAGGCUUGAGGUUCGAAGCUCGGGAUUUAUUAGAAACGAAGAAAAUUGAAAAUUCAAGAGUUAUUGCAAAAAAUUAGUGUAAUAUUUGAUUAAAUAUCUGUCGAAGAUUUUUUGGGUUUUUUCUUGGCCCGAGAAGACUUGAAGUUGGAAACUUGGGAUUUAUUGGAUAAGAAAUCAAGCAAAGUUGGACCGUGAUCACAAUAAGAUAGUAGAACGUUUCAAUAAUUAAUUUUUUUUAACUUUUUUCGAUUUUCUCGUGAUUUUAAAACCCCGGGAUUUACUGGAAGAAGUAAGAAAAAUUCAAAAAAUCAAAAUCCCAACUUUUUUGUGGCUUCAAGAGUUUUGGAAAUCGAAAAAGAUAGGCCUAAAGUUGCGGUUUGCAAACAAAACAGUAUAGUUUGUUUUUUUUUCUAUUGAACAAACGAGAAACUGGGAAACGCUCUUGGCGUUUUUUUUAGAUUUACUUGAUUUUUUUUUCCGAAUUCUAAUCGAAAAAAAAGACGAAGAAAAGACAUAGCCUGUGGUCAAAAGUGAGAAAGAUCGCAAGCCAAACAGUCUGGCUCACACAAAACGGAAACUUCUCACGUUACCUUCCUUCCAUUCAUUGAGCCGAGAAAAGAAGGACAACGAGUUACAAUGGUCGGUUCGGGAAACGGGACAAAUCACUUCCGUCAUUGGGAGCUGGGCAAUUUCUGGGAUUCGCGGGAUUUUUGGUGGAAUUAAAAUCAUUAGAGUUGAGCUUUUCAAUGAAUUUUUUUGCUGAGGAGAAUUUUCGGGAUUUUCGGGAUUUUUGGUAGAAUCAUAGGAGUGACUGGGGAUCGGAAAAAGUCACGUUUUCAUGGCUUUUUUUUUCUAAGAAGCUUUCGGAUCUUUUUUCCCAUUUUCAGUAGAUGAAUUUUCAAGAAAAUGACCGUUGAAGAGGUCUUUGAUAAUUUGUUCAAAAAUGAGUCAAUUAACUUUUAAAAGUAUCUAAUUUAUUCAAUGGAUGCUUUUCACACAAAUUUACACAGUAUAUCCCUUAAAUCUAUGAAGUUUAUAACAGAAAAUAACACUUUCCGAGGUUUUUACAUGUUAGACGAAAAAAGGAGCUCGAAAGAAGUAAAUUUGAGCUCUUUCAAGUGUUUUUGAACUCCGUAGAAGCCUCUAAUAACUUGGAAAAGCGAUUUUUGCAGAAAAAAAUUUUCUUAAAAAUCAUUCCCUGGUUCUUUCAUCACCACAGGAAGAAUUCUUUUUUUUUCCAAUUUUGCAAAUCGAUUCGGAGGAAUAAAGAAUAUGUUUUCCAUUCUUCCGGUACCUAUUAUUCUGACACGUUCCUUCACACCUUUUUCGCCUCCAAUUAACCUUGUAAGGAAGGCGCGACUUCCUCCGGACACGUGCCGCCAAAAGUCGGCCAGAUGGCCCAAGUGGCCCAAACACCUCGUUUUUGGCGACAAUAAGGUGCCGAGCGGAGUUUGGGACCUCGUUGACUCCUUAAUUGGGUGUUUGGGCCGUUGUUUGGGGCAAGUCUAAAUACAAACAAAAGGGUUCACUUGGGACUUUGGGGAGAAAAGUCUGGAAAGGGGGAUUCUAGUAAAAAGUUUUUCAAGUCCAAAGUCUCUUAGAAUUAUAUAUUUUCUGGCUCAAAAAAACUCGGAAAUUCUUCGUUAUCAUCAAAAAAAAAGACUUUCUUCAAUCAUAAUGUUUGAAAAAAGGUUCUACUGGAUAAAUACAGGAAAAUGAACUUUUUACGAAUUUUUGAACCCACUUUGUUAAUUUUUUCAAGCAUUGUAUGGGUAAUACUUCGGAAAGUAUCGAUUUUGAAAUAGAAAAUCAAGAAAUUUUCAUUUUUUUUAAGCUUAAAAUCUGAAAAUUUUCAACAAAACGUCCUUCCCAGAAAAUGAAAUUUUUCCCCAUUGAAAGACCGAUUUCCUCGCAACCCGACCAUAUUCAUUCGAAAGGACGUCCCUCUAAUCCCAGUCUGGAUUAUCACCCCCUUAUCAAUAUCAUCUCAGUGAUAAUAAGCAGAAUCGCGGAGAUGAUCCCUUCGAAUGUGCCGGAGACUGAGCUCUUUGAGCUUUUCUGACUCUGGAAGAGGAACAUUUUUGGAAUUUCGGGUGGAAAAUCGAAGGAAUUCGUUAGUUUUGAAGGUAGUUUUUGAUUUAAAUGAUGAAAAAAAUAGAAGUUUUAUAGUUACAUCAAGAAGCUUUUUUUCGAAACUUUUUGAAAAUCUUCAGAAAAAAAUUCCAUCAAAAACGACGGAAACUGCUUCAUUUUCGAAAUAUUUGGAACCACUUUACAAGAAGAAGAAAUUCAAAGUUUUAACCUUUUUUUAUAAGAAGAGUAAUCUAUUUUUUUGAAAUAUUACAUAAUUCCCGUAAAAAAAUAUAAGGUGGCCUAAUUUUUCGAAAUCCCGCUUAUUUUUUUGAAUUCUCAUUUCCCGCCAAAAAAAGUUUUUCACGUUUACAAAUCGAUAAAAUAAAAAAAUUAAAAAGAUGAGCUUUUUAUUUUUUUCAAAGAGAUGUAGUCGAUUUUUCAAAAAAAGUUACUACAUCAAAUUUUUAAAAAAACGGAAAAAAAGCGAAAAAAAGGGCCGGUGGCCUAACUUUCCAAAUCGCUUUUUUUGAAUUUUUAAUUUCCGCCUAAAAAAAGUUUACUACGGCCUUUAAGUAUAAGAAUCAAUAGCUGCUAAAAAUUUUUCCAUUGAGUAGAAGCCUAACUUUCAUUUUUGAAGGCAACUUUUACUAGUUUUUCAAAAAAAACUUUCUUUUUGAAGAUAAGUUUCAUCUCUUCUUUUCAAAAAAUUAAACUCAUUCGAAAAAUAAUCUCUUCCCUAAACUCACAGGGAUAAAAAAAUGAACGUUUCAUGAUAAAAUACGUUAAAAGCUUUUCCUAUACCGUAACCCCAUCUGACCCAAAAAGCGUUCGUUGGAGCGCAAAUUGCAUUAUCUUCGGCGCCUCGAAACUUGUAAUUAUCACGGAACGUCUGUCGCCAUGUUUCGGCGACGCGUUGGAGGAUUGCGCGAGCGACGCUUCCGCUCCAGGAAACGGUCGGGCGCACGGAAAAAGGGUGGCGUUUCCGCCGCGCUGCACCCAAAGGCGGCUGUUUUUAGCGCUUGCGCAACCUUUCCUCGCAACCUACCAUUUUUCCCCGUUUCGCGUAAUUUCCUGAACAUGGCGGUGCUUUUGGUGGGCGUGGAAGUGGAGGAUGAGGUUCUUUUCGAACAAAAUGGGAGUAAAAUUUUUUUUUUAAAUCCCCACGAUUUAUUCCGUAAAUGUAUAGACUUAAGGAAGGGAUUUUUUACUUUUCGAUGUUUUUGAGCUUUUUCAAUUUUUUCAAACAUCACAGAGGUCUCUAAGGACUCAGAAAAACGAUUUUUGCCAAGAUUUUCUUUUUAAAUCCCGAUAUGCUCCUUCAAACACCUCAGCAAAUUUUCUAUACCUUUGAAAAUUCGUUCUAUUUUCUCCGAAUUUUGCAAAUCGUUUCGGAAUAAAAAAGAACUUGCUGUCCUUCUUCCGGUACCUAUUAUUCUGACACGUUCCUUCACACCUUUUUCGCCUCCAAUUAACCUUGUAAGGAAGGCGCGACUUCCUCCGGACACGUGCCGCCAAAAGUCGGCCAGAUGGCCCAAGUGGCCCAAACACCUCGUUUUUUGGCGACAACAAGGUGCCAGGCAGAGUUUUGGACCUCGUUGACUCCUUAAUUGGGUGUUUGGGUCGUUGUUUGGGGCAAGUCUAAAUACAAACAAAAGGGUUUGUUUGGGACCUUUUUUUAGGGGUGACUUCAAGAACAACGUGUAUUGAGAUUCAGAAAGAAGCUUGAUUUUCAAACUUUGGAACUGUAGACUUUUCAGGUUGUUCGGGACGAAAUGCCAAGGCUGCUCGCGAGAGUUCACCAAGGCCGAAAUGGUCAUGAGAGCCGGAAGGUUCAUCUACCACGUCGAGUGUUUCUGUUGCACGGGUUGCGACAGGCGAAUGAGGACCGGCGACGAGUUUCAGGUAGUCACUUUGAUUCGGCAAAGCUCCUGACAAGAAAGGUCGUUUCAUUUUGAGGUUGGGAAUUUCCUGAAAUUUGGCCAGGACACUCCUUGCUGUACCAGAAGAAGAUUCUGAAAGUCUCAACUUGUACAACUUGCUAGUUCUCGAGAAAUAAUGGCUGAUAAUGGCCUAUUUCGAAGGAUUUUGAGGUGUCAUUUUUCAAAAAUUAGAAAUUUUCAGAAAGUGAGGAUUUCAGAAUAGUUUUCUGGUACACCAAAGAGUGUUCUGGCGAUUUUUCAAGUUUCUCAACCGCAAAUUAUAAUUACCUGUCUUGUAAAGGUACAUUAAAUAAUAAUUCAAAAAGAUCACACUUAUUCGGAAAAAAAUCGAUUUACAGAAAAAAAAAUUUUUUUAAUUAAAAAAACUUUUUUUACUUGAAGAUAAUCAAUAUUACAUACUCAAAAAAAGUCGAUAUUUAUCAAAAAAAUUAUUUAUUUUUCAGUUCAAAAAAACAACCGAGUCUACUGCCGGAACGACUGCGAGACUGGCAAUAUUCCUGAGGUUUGAGUUUUUUGUUUUUGGGAAAGACCACUUUUUUAUAGAAAAUUUUUUUUGAAUAGAAAAAGUUCUUAAUGAUUUGUUUUGUUUUGACUUCACAUAUUGAAAGGAAAAAAUGAAUAAAUCCAUUUUUUAUUGCAGUCCUCGAACCUGCCGAGCAAUUCGCAGCUCUACGACGAAGACUCCUGGGAAACCUCGACGCUGACCUCCCUGGACCACACGAGUCCCCCGCUCUCCGUCAGGUAAUUAAUCCCCCCUGUCCUCACAUUUUUCCUCCGGGAAACUGACAGAUUUCCCGACGGCUGUUCGCAGCAGAACUAGUGUUAAAUGUAGCAACGUCUGUUGAGUUUUUUCUGGUAGGAAAAAAUGAAGUUUCUAGAAAAAUCAGAGAAAAAAGCUUGAAAUAGUGCAAAGGGGUUGAAAAGGAAAAUGAAAGAAGGUCUGAAGUUGCGUCUAGAAACGAUAAAAAAUGGGCCUCCAUUUAAUUUUUUGAGUGAAAAAAGUUGAAAAAUGAAAAAAAGCUUGCAUUUUUUAGUAAGAGGUAAAGAAAAAGCUUGGGAAGAAGUGUAGAAAAAGUUCUAAAAUUAAGGACCGACCUGGUAGAAAAGGGGCUAGAAAAACAUAGGUUUUUUCGCUCUAUCGAUAAAGUUCGUAAAAGUUGAAUUGCGGACACUUUUAUCUGAUUUUAAGACUAUUUCAAUGAAUAUUAUUUUUUUUUCUCAAAAAAACUUGAAUUCUAAAUGUCGUAUUUUAAAAAAAAGUGGAAAUUUACAAUUUUCUUUCAAAAAAUCAACAUUCGGGGAAAGGAGUUCUGAUUAUCAGUAGAGCGCAUGUUCAAAUAACUUAACGGCUAUUUUUUCAAGGCCUUUUUGAAUUUCUCAAGUUCGACUUAGUUUCAUAAAAUAAUUUCUUCGGCUCUUCAAGUUCGAAUGAUUCUAUUUUUGUUGGAAUUUAGAGUGAAAUAUAAAAAAUAUUCUAAUUUUCAGGUCUCCAAAGUCGGAAGACAUGACGACGCCUCAAAAUGGGUACCAGAACAGCUCGGGAAGCUCUUCCGGCGGUUCGAGCAAGAAAAAGAAGGAUAAGCAGGUUUUUCAUUAAGAAAUAUGAUGAUUUUUAUGAAGUUAUCUGGAUUAAAAAAAAUUUUUUUCGUUCAGAGAUAAAUUCGGCCUUUGAGAAUUGUUAAAUUUAAAGGCUAUUAUAAAAAUUCAGAGUAACGAAAAGUUAAAUAACGCUUCCAAGAUUGGUUUCUCUGCACUCUCUCGUUUUUAAGCGCUAUUUCCAUUUUCCUAGGUGAGGAAAAAGAGGGCGAAGACAGGUCAGACAGUUGAGAUGACUCGAAAUUUCGCACGAUUUGCAAUUUUUUCUAGUUUCCUUCUCUAAGAAUAAGGAAAUAACUCAUUUUUCACCAAAAAAAAAAACGGAAAAAUCGAUAAAAAAUGAUACAUUUUCCAGACGACACGAGUUCGGACGGUUCUGAACGAAACCCAGCUGAAAAUCCUCAAACAAUGCUAUUCGAUGAACUCCCGACCUGACGCUCUUCUCAAGGAGCAACUCGUCGAAAUGACUGGUCAGUUUCUUUUAUUUUUAUUUUGUAAGUUCUAAAUUCUCUCUGACCCUCCAAAAUUUAGUUGUCUUUUUCUUUUCUCUACAGUUUCGCGUUAAACUUCAGUGAAUAAACUUUGUUUUUGAAGGACAGUUGAGAUUUAGAACAAUUUACUGUUUCCCUGUUGUAUUUAAAGAUUCUUAAUGAAUUUCCUUCAUUUUUUCUUUCAUAUCUUUUCAAUGAUUCAAAGUAUCCGCACUUUACAGGCCUCAACGCUCGGGUGAUCCGCGUGUGGUUCCAGAACAAGCGAUGCAAGGACAAGAAACGGCAGAUCCAGAUCCACGAGAGCCGACUCAACGCCGAGAAGGUCUGUCUCAUUGGCUGGAUGCCCCAUUCCUACGCUUCUUCUGACUGACUUCUAACUUUUUCUCCUGUCUUUUUGUUUUUCUUCCACUUUCCGCUAUACUUCAUCCACCGUCAGCUUGAUUUUUCACGACUUGGUACUGAAAAAAUGCCUCGAAUUUACGCUUCUUUUAACCCCAUGAGAAUCAUUUCUCAAUUUUGGUACGACGCGAUCGCGUUGCGGUUCUCGGUUUUCCUGAUUCAUUUUACUCAAAGAAAAGUUUACUAGGUACAAAAAAUAAAAUAUUGAGUAAAUUGUAUAUGAAAUACAGCGAAAUUUUUCACUGCACCCGACUGAAAACGGUUUGCGCCCUGCGGUAUCUCUCAGCAGAGUCUUAUGAAAAACUGAGUUCAACAUAUGCAGUUUUUCUCACUUAUUCCAAAUAUGCGUUUAAAAAUUUCGUAAACCAGACUAUUUUAACAUUCUCCCCAGCUUUAUAAGCAUUUUUUGGAUCAGACCCUCGAAAUCAAAAAAAAAAAAAAUAGGCAUCUGGAGAGCCUAGGUUCAUUCAGAAACCCGUUAUUACCAUUAGUUAAAAGAUACCUCCGCGCGUAAGCAGUUUUUGGUCGGUUGCAUCGCUUCGAGUCAUUUUUCGCAGUGCCCGGACCAUUCCCCGUGGAAAAAUCAAGCCAGCAGUGAAUUUCUAUCUUCUCGGCCUUGAAUAUUGAUUGAAAUGAAUAUCGUGACGUAAUAUGUGUUGUGAAUCGUGUUUUUCAUAUUUCCUUGCAUCGCUUCUCCUACUGGUACUAUAUAUUUUAUUGCACUUCUCACGUUUCCAACCGAUAAACUCAUAUUUCUACAAGGUUUCGAGCGAGAAGGUGGUCUAGAACCUCAGAAUAUUUUUGAUUGUCAAAUUUGGAUUUUUUUUUUGAAUCGAUUAGAUUGGGGAACUAAUAGUUGAGCCUCCUGGUGACACCUGGAAACGGAAUUUUUGCAAUAUCAAAGGCAAGAAUCUGAGCCAUUCCAAAUGCGGCCACGGUUUUUUUUUGAAUUGAAAGACCCUUAAGUUACUGUAAUCUUCAUAUUAAAGCUUUUUAAAACGAUCCGACUAGCUGACCUAUCUACAGUAACCCCAACCAUAUGGUAUAUUUAUAUUUGCCCAAGUUCGAACCAAGCGACGACCAGCUGCAAGUUUGGUUGUACCCCGGGACAAAAGAGGGCAAGCCGACAAAGAGCGCCCACCUGCACAGUAGUGAGGCCUUGGCUACUCGGUGUUUGUUGACUGGCGGAUUAGUGGGGGGCAUUUACUUAGAUGUGCAGGUAAUCCUGCCUUCUUGCUUCCAAGCAUGGAUUUUGGGGAUUUCUUUUUCUGAAGGUUUGAGGGACUUUUUUCAUAUUUUUAUAAAAUUUUGCUUUAGCUAGGGAUGCCAGAGGGGUCCCUAGAGGGGUUAGAAAAAACAGCCCUAUUGAGAACAAAAUAGUGCUCCCUGGAGGGCUAAAAUUUAGGUAGUCCCUAUAGGAAUUUAGGGUCUGACGCUGAAAAAAAGCUCAAGUGGUCCCUUAAGUGAUCAUUAAUGUACUGUAGGGAUUCCUGAAGUACUCUUCAGCCAUACUUUAUCAAAACUACAACAAAAGGCUGAAAAAAUCUACCCUUUUGAAUGUAGUUCAUUCAUCAAAACUUUUCCAAUAUUUAAAGGCGCACGGUUAGAGCUCAAAACAGGUCUCAAUGCGAAAAUGUUUUUUUCCGGAUAGUAAACUCAAUUUCGAGCUGAGAAAGCUGCAAGCUAGUAGAAAAACUACAGUCCGACUUGAAAAUGCUUUGUUUUUCCUUCUUUCGGUUACCGUAACCCUAAUGAGGUUGCGUAGGUCCACUAAUUCGAUCACCCGCCUUGAGGGAGGCGACCCAAUCCAUCACUGUUAAUUUGUCUCCGAAACAGAAAUGCCGCAGUUUUGGCAUGGAUUUUCGCCUCCAAGGGCUUUUUCUAUGAUAGAAAAACUAAAGAUGAGGCAGCCUUCGUAGAAAAAAAACGGCAAAAAGCGUCUCGCCAUGGAGAGGAGUCGAACCUGUGACCCUUGUAAAAUUUUUAAUUUAGAUGAUAACUUUUUUUUAACCUCUGGCAAAAAAAGAAACCUUGGAUGGGAUCGAACUUUCAAGCUUCUGUUCCCAUUCAAAAGCCUUAGCCACUUAACUAUCUGACAUUUUUUCAUUUUGAGUGAUAUCCAAGACUUUAAAGAUUUUUCGCUACGUUUUUGAUACAAAAACAGCCAGCAGAAGUUAUAAAUUCCCCGAAAAAGAUGACCAAACGACUCGCUGGUUCAAUCCCUCCGCGCGCCGGUAAUUUUUGCCAAUUUCCCUCGCCCAACAGCUGCUCUCGGGAACUAGGUUGCAGCGGUCGCCAAUGUUCUUGAGUCAUUUCAUUUCAUUUCACAACACGGAAAAUGACCCCAAUUUCGGCAUGUCAUCUGCCCCGAGCACCGAAAUCUCAAUGGAGCGCGUUUUCACUACUUCUUUUUUCUAACGAGAAGAGCCGCCGAAAAGCUAAUUUGCCGCCGUCGCCGAAAAGCCAAAAAUGAGGUCUUUUUAAGGGUUUUUUGAUGUGUGUGGGUUCACCGAAUUAGGUUGUUGAAAGCUUUCUGAUUUUGGGGACCUUCUCUUGAAAAUCUUCCGAGUAACCAAAAAUUUUAACCAUUCUUUAUGAAAAAUUCAAGAAAAACCUUGGAAUAAACUUUUUUUUAUAAAAAAAAUCGAUCGAAAAAUUGUGAGUUUCCGUGAAAACCAUCUAUUAUAAAAUUGGUGAAACGUUAAAGUAUUGAUUUUUUUAAUAUUUUUUUCCACUAGCCACACAAAAAGUUUGCCUAAUAUCUCAUAGAACGUUCUUGAAUUUAAAAAAAUCCCUAAAGUGUUCACUAAACAGCUAUGACACAAUUUUUAAGUGAAGAAAUAUUGAAACCUUAAAAGAUUAAUCGAAGAAUUCUCUAUUUUUGACAUUUUCAGCGAAAAAUGUUGAGAAAGGAAUGAACCUGCGACCACUUUAUCGUUAUCAAUUUUUUUUGUCCACUGUACUAGAUUCAAAAUUUUAAGGGCAUCUUUUUUAAAUAGUAUACUUCUACUCCCCUAAAAAAAUUGAUUAAAAUUUUUUUGAAGUCGGUCUUGUACUUCCUCUGAAACAGUAAUCGCCGGAUUCUCGGACGGAAUGACUAAAGUGACCACUCGAGACUUUAUUGAACUAAACAUUAAAAGGCCUUUUCAAAACCACUUUUACAUUUCUUUUGAAACAGGAAUACUGAAAUUCAUCUCUCCUUAAGCGAUCACUCGAAAUCAACAACAACAAGUCCUAAACCCAGAAAAAAAUCGAAAAAAAGUUCUUGAAGCCGCCAAUAAAUUUCUUUUGAAACGGGAAAACCCGAAAUCUUCCGGGAGCAUAUGGCAGCCGGGUGGCUCAAGUGGGCUCCUCGCCAUUCUUCGGGCUCAUCCUCAAAACCCAAAACUGUAGUGUUUUGAAGCCGGCGCCAGUGUUUACCCAUCGCCAUAUAGGAUUUCCGGGGGAUUUUGAGAAUUUUCCAACAAAAAAAGUUAGUGUUGUGGAGGAAAAGCUUGACGGAGGUUUGAAGGGUCACUGGAUCGAUUUCGUUCGAUUUCUACAAAAACAUUUUUCUGUUUCAAAGUAACUAUAAUGGUAAAAAAAACUCUUCUGGCUGCGCUUUGAGUUUGAGUUCAUAACUGACAUUUCUGUUUCAGGGAAAACGUGAAAUUGACUUUGAAGAAUUUUCUGUUAUUAUUGCAUCCGUUCUUAGAAUACAUUUUGAAAAGAAAGUAUUAAAGCGAUGUCGCUGACAAUAUAUCAACGACAUCGCAUUUCUGCGAUUUCCAAAUUUCUUGUCAGUGCGAGGAAAGCUAAAGAAAGUCCAGCGCGGCGACAAAGCGAUUUAUUGGCGAUAUCGCUAAUGUACCACCAGCGAUAUCGCUUUAGUCUCGCGCCGGUUUUGGAAGCUGUUUUUGGUGCUUUUGUAUUAAAUCGAAAAAACUUGAUCUAUUUUGAAGAAAAGUUUAAUUGACAAAAUGCAAGUCAGAAUACAAAGGUCUCAAGUUCAAUUUUUUCCUUGCCUAAUUUUUUUUCUUCUGAGUUCUCUGAACUCUGAAGUUCGAAAAGAAACUAAUCAAAAUUCGUGAAAUGAAGAAUUUCGGAAAAAAAGGCUCUUCCUCUCAAAUAUCCCUAAAGAAGAGCUGACCCCACCGUAUUAGAAACCUGAUCCCGAAGAUACUACCUAUCCUACCGUAAUCCGGCGACUUACAGUAAUUAGUUGUGCAAUGUGACAUGCAUGAUGUUUGCAGCUGGAUGAGGAUCGAACCAGGGACCCAGCGGGUGGCUAUCAAAGUGUUUAGCCAGUCGGUCAAGGGGUCAGGAAUUGAUCUAAGGGUUGGAAAGUCAACAGGUUAGUUGAUAGUGUUGAAAAUUGCAGCAGGGACCAAAAAAAUCAUCAGUCGAAAAAUUAGUUUACUGUUUCUUUGAAAGUAUAAAAAGAGUUUUUUUUUCAAAUUAAAUUUUGUGUUUCUCUAUCUUACCCCAAAUGAUCCUGACUUCAAAUAUGCUGAUCGCAUGGAAACAGUUCAAAACGUUGCGGCAAGCGCACCCGACCAAAAACGACUUUCGCACAUUACCAUUUUUAAAUUUUUCAAGUCGUGGCGAAUGAACAAAAACUGGGUCUCAAAGUACCCUGUUCCAAGCUCGAAUUCGCCUCUUCUGACCCCAAAACUUCCCGUCAAAACGUAGUUUCCUCGCUUCAAAAGAAGUCAACCACUUGAUUUGCUCAAUUUGUCGGUGUCUAUGUGUGUUAUACGUGGCCCCCACAAAAGUUUCUAAGAGCUAUGUUUGUGUUGGUUAUGAGUCGACUGAAUUACCGUUGCCCAAACACGGCCCGUCGCCCACCCGGCCAACACUUAUUAUUGACUUCCGAAUUUCUUCUUUGAUGCACACGUCGCGACUUUUUUUUUCCAAUUCCGAGGGGUUUUAAAAAAUCGAAACCCUCUUUCAAAUGAUAGCGACUUUCAUCAAAAUUAUCCCAAAACUACAAAAAAGUUUGCCUUUACUGUCAACUUCUUCUCAAUGAUAGUACAGGAAAAAAGCCAAAAGCCAAAUAUUCAUCGUAAAUCUAUCAGAGCCGUUUUUUUCCGUCCAAAGGCGCUCCAAUGAUAAUGACUUCAAAAAUCCAAACAUUCUGAUUUUUUGACACUUUCUUCUAUCUUUCCGCCUACUUAACCGUCUAGGAUACACAAGGAACCUUUUGAAAGACAAUCUGUUCAAAAAAAAAACUCUUUGUACUUUCCUCCGAAUGCUAGGCCAUUUUUAAGAACCAAUGGCGCCCCAUCGACAAAAUCUUCUUAAAAUGUCUAUUUUUCUGUUUAAUCAAGCCUUCUUCCUAUUUUUUGCCCUACUUACCCCUUAAAUGAGGAUCUAGAUACCUUAUAAAAUUUUAAAGAGAACUAUAGGCGAUUUUUGAAAAUCAUUUGCGCUCCAAUGACAAAACCCUUCAAAGAUGGCAAUUUUCAUGAUCACUUGAGCCUGUCUGAGUUUUUCCCCUUUUUUGACCCGAAUAUCCUUGGAGGUUAAAAACUCCGGAAAAGGCUAUUUUCAUCAGCCUAAUGCGCUCCAAUGCUAAAAUCCUCCGAAUUCCCUGAUCCGUUCUCCAAUUUCUCGACCUAUCCUCAAAUAACAGCCUUAUGAACUCGACCAGGGUCAAAUUACGCAACACCUAAUGUCCACCUUUCCUUUAUUUUUUGGCCUCUCUUUGCGGGAAAAGGCCGACAAAACAACGUCGGGGCGGCGAAACACGCUCGGAUGCCCAUAAUUGGUUGUAAUGAGGUAAUUCGCCGCCGUGUAUACACACACGGACACUUGCAGCCGUCUGCCCUGGCCAUCGGAUACGGUAGAUAGUCGGUGUGCGGUGGCGCGCAAAAUUCAAUGAAUGGCGGUCGCUUCUUUUCCGUUCGCGGAUCUUUCCCUAAUUAUUUGGAUCCUAGGGAGACUUUUUGGGGGUUUUAUUGGUUCGAUUGAUUAAUUAUGUGAGAUAAUCGUUCAGACUUGAAACAUAUAAGUGUUCAACUCAAACUGUUUGGCUUAAAAGCGCAUGGUCAACUGUAUAACUGCUCCCGACUCAAAACGACUUGCGCGCAGCGGAAUUGGAAUCAUGUCGAGCAUUCCGUUGUGCCAAAACCGCGACGCUUCGAGCCAUCCUACGUGCGACCAUAGAAGUCUGAACCGCGGUUGUUCAUGGUCGCAUUUGGAAUGGCUUGAUGGGUAGCGGAAGCUGUAAAGGUGUUUUUGACUCAAAACAGUUCUUGCGCAGUGCAAUCAGAAUGCUUUUGAGUGAGUCGUUUUGCUAAAACCGCCUCGCGACCGCGACGCUUCGAGUCAUUCCAGGCGCGGCCACAAAAAACCAAAAAGUUGUGUUUGCUUGGUUUCCAAUUUUUCUUCCGGAACUCCAUUCGCCUUAACUCAAAACAUUCUGGCUUCUCUGCUCUAUCGUGUUGAGAUGCUAUUUUUCUCUAAAAUGAGGGAAAAGAGAGCGCAGACAGGCUAGAAUCUUUCAAGAAUGCUUACUUUUCCUCCGAACAACGCAUGCUCCUUCCCUUUCAAUUUUUCUCAAUGACCACCAACUUUCAAACGAUCCCAAUUUCAGGAACGAGCUCUGAAUGGCGUUCGAAUGAACGGGAUCGGUCCUCUGAUCGCUGCGGCGCCGACGACGCACGUCGACACGAUGAACCAUUCCGGACCCAUCGAGAUCGCCCACUACCCUCAAUGGCCUCAGCCGACUCACGAAGGUCCUGGAUUUGGCGGUGGACCACCUCCUCUUUUGGUCAGUCCUUCCAGUACUUGUUUAUGAGAACUACCAGUCUUAAAAAGAAGUAGAAGCUCAGUGUCAAGCCAAAGUUCUUGAUUAUUGUCUCAAAGAGCUCGAGCUCCUUUUUUACAGAUCACAGUCCCAUCCAUUCUUUCUACCUUACUUAUAAGAGUGUUCAUCCAAGUGGGAAGCUUGGAAUAUUCUGAAAAUUCGCUCGAAAACUCUCCGAAGUUCUGGAUGAAGAUACCUAGUUACUAUCACAAGAUCUUAAUUUGAGAAAUAAUAUUUUUGAAAGUUGCGAACUAUCGGGUUGGCCCUGAUUCUGUGUCUAAGGCGAUCUUUAACUUUGUAUCUCCAAAUUUAAAGUUGGAACAGGUGAUCCUUAUAAGGUAUCUUCAUCUGAACCUUCAGAGACUCCUUGUUCGAGCUCAAACAUUUCAAUGACCAUCCUUGUCUCGCUUUUCGGAAAGUUUUGAGCUUUUUGUUUAGAGCUUCUAUUCUCGUUCAAUUUCUCAGACUAACCGACUUUUUGAGGUAAAAGCAGGAACUGAGGAGCUCAAUCUGCUAUUACCCUUUUUCUGACAAUUGUUACAAAAGUUCGAGCUCUCUCUUUUUUUUUUAGUCCUGUCCAGCCUUCUGUUCCUUUAAGCUGAUCAUUAGGAGCUCAAGAUUAAGCUUCUAUAUUUCCAAGGCUUCUUGAUAGUCUUCUAGAAAGUUCAAGCUCAUUUUUCCGACAGUUAUCAGUGAUUCUAAGCUUCUUGCCAAAAAUCAAUUCCCUUUCCUUACACAGAACCUCAAGCUUCCAAAUUCGCUCCAAAACCUCAACCCAACUCGAACGACUCCAUAAAAAAGGAGAAACCACUAACCAAAUCUUUUUUCCCCGUGCCCCGAACAUAAAAUCUCGUUGGGUAGCGAAAAGCCUCCAAUUACCGUAACCCAGCCACUAAAAUCUUAUUUCUCAACGGGGCGAAAGUGUUGUUUUCUUCCUCUUCUUUUUUUUUGUGCCAGGAAAAGGAAGCAGCUGCAUAAAUAAUGGUAGAGAGUCUCUGUGAAACCGAGACCUCACCUUGGAGGCUUUUUGGGGCUAGCCGCGCGAAAAUCAGGUCAAUUGGGUACAGGUACAGGUGUCUCACCUGUCUGGCUCUUAGUGAAGAAGUGGAUUUGGGGAUUUUGAAGCUAUUGGAAUCGAUUGAAAUCUAAAAACCUUUUUUCCGAGUUUUAAAUACUUUGGAAAAUCUCUGUAAUGAUCUCAAAAUCGUUAAAAAGUUGAAAAGCUUCUUUUCUCUAAUUUUGCGGGAAAUUUUCGAAAAAUAAUUUUUGGAACCAAGUUUAGAGCGCCGGCAAUUACAUUUUCAUACUCAAGAACUAAUAAAAUAUAUAUUUUCAAAUUUGAAAAAAAGUUGAGUUCUAAAAAAAUGACACAGAAAACUUAGUGUACCGGUGUCGAAUUAUUUUCAUUGUUUUAUGGAUUUUUAGGUUUUUUCAGAUUUCCAGAGCAUUUUUUUGACUUUGAAAAAUUAUUCCAAUUGUUAACUUCAAAAAUCAUCCAAAAACCAGCCAUGAGGCCUUAAGAACCCCUUAAGAAAUUCAUUUUAAAAAAACCCUAAAAAAAUUCGCAUUUCUCCGACUUUUUGUGCUAAUGUAUGUCCUAGCACUUCCUAAAAAAUCUUUAUAUCAAAAAGUCAAUUUCUACUUGUCAAAUUUAGCCUUUUAAUUUGAGUAUUUCGAGAACUCCUUAAUAAAUCUUCACUAAAACCAACUGAUUUGCUAAAAACUUUCCAUAAAAUGACGUCAUUAAUCGCUCAAACACGGCGAAGAGGGGGCAACUUUUGUUAGCGCAAUUGUCUGCCGACACCCACUCGAGACUAAUGCUACCUUACUGAAUGACGUCAUCUAAAUCGCAUAGUUAGUGUAAUCCCCAACGUCAAUAGCGUAUAAGUUAAGGUGUUAGAGUUCUUCUUCCAAGUUUCGAUGAAUAUACUAAGCAAGAGGGAGCAUUUUCGAAUAAAAAAAAAGUUUGACGAAGCGAAAAUGUCUGAACUCUUUUCCCUGGCUUCUUGAUCUUUAUUUCAAAAGAAAAAAAGAAGACAUCAGUAUUUGGAAAUCUCCCAAGGUCCUUUUGAACUUUUUGAGCCUACCCAACUCAAAAUUUCCAUUUUAUUAAAAAAAAAGUUCUAACGUUUGGGAAAAUUAUUUCUGAAGACGCUUCAGUUUCUGAUCUAUCCCAGCCUAUUUUUUUUUCCUGCUAUGCCGCGGGCGAUAUCGCUCGUCUUUUUGGUGCCACUUCGCAAACGUCUCGCGCUAUAUCGCUUUCUGAGAAAUUUUUUUAAAAAAAUUCGUUCCAUCAUAAACGUCAAAAAUAAAACAAAAAAAAAUGUGUUUUUAAUCUUUAUUUAUGAGAGAGAGCGACAUGACAGCCAGAACUUGGCGAGAUCGUAGAAAAAAUUUUAGGCGAUAUCGCCUGGAAUGGGCCAGUUAUUUUGGUUGGUAAUAAUGAUAAUGUUAUUUUCCAGGCCUACCCUGAGCUGACGGACUUGACGGACCUGACGGACCUGUCGUACGGGAUGCCGGGACCGUCCAUGAUUUCCGGAGCGCCGUCGACGUCGCACGGCGGCCCGUCUUCUGGGCCGGUCUUCGCCGACUUCUCGCCCCGACUCGAGACUCCCGACCUGAGCUCGCCGUCCUGCAGCGAGUGA